AUGUCUAUGUGCGCCGCGCUGUGCCGGCAGAGCCGGCGGGCGCCGACGGCGGCUGGCGCAGCGGCACGCCGUCGCCGCUGGGCUCCCAGUACUGGUCGGCCGAAUCGUCUCCGAGCGAGGCGCGCGCCGGCUCUCCGUCAGCCGUCUUCUUCAGCCGGUCACCAAAGAGAGCGGCUCUGGGACGGCUGGACCCGGACAUAUACCGGCUGCCCGACCAGACCGAGGCCGAUCAGACGGAGCAGCGCGCCGCACUCGGUCGGCUGUGGUUCUCUGUGUCCUACACCGCCUCAGAAGAGAAGCUCACCGUCACCAUCAUCAGGGCCAAGAAACUGCCGCAGAGAAGUCGAGAUGAGCCGGACUCCUGUGACCCGGUCAUCAGAGUCCACCUGCUGCCCGACCAGAGGCGCUAUCUGCAGUCGCACCAGAAGAAGAACACCUGCAAUCCGCGCUUCGAUGAGGAGUUCUCGUUCAUGAUUCCGCAGCGGCGGCUGUCGGAGCACAGCAUCCGGAUAUCGGUGUACGACAGCCGCCGAAACAGGAAGCACGUGCCGCUGGGCAUGGUGACACACAGCCUGCGCGCUGGCGUGCACCUCACCAACGCCGUCCGGGACAUCAGCCGGGUCGACGAUGAGCUGGACAGCGGCUGCAGCGCCGGCAGCGCGAGCACCAGCUGCGUGCGCGCGGCUGCGGCCGCGGCGCCGGCGGCCGGCACGGCAGGCGGCUUGCUGGUGGGCCUCACCUACAACGCCGGCCUGCGGCGGCUCACCGUGGCCCUCCUGGAGGCCGUGCAGCUGGAGAGUGUCAGCGGCAGCGGCGGCGGGGCUGAGCACCCGUCCACGUACGCUAAGGUGACCAUGUACCACCACACGCGUGGAAUCCAGUCAAUACGAACCGAGACCGUCCGCAACAGCAGCUGUCCCAAGUACGCGGAGAGUUUUACUCUGCAGCUGCCGGCUGACGCGCUGAGCGCCAUCCACCUGCGCAUCAAAGUCAAACAGCGCCGGCCGCCGGCCCGCAGAGACGUGACGCUGGGCGUGCUUACGCUCGGCUCGCACAUGUUUGCUCGCGGCCAAAUGCAGGAGCACUGGGAGAGGAUGCUGCAUAGCCCCAAGGAGCAGAUCCAGAUGUGGCACGUUCUGAAGGUGGCCUGAAGUCAGCUGUGGUCUGUGGAGUCCUGCCGGCGGCGGCGGGACCUCAGCGGAGUCCUGCCGGCCCCGGGGCUCUCAGGAGGCCUGCCGGCCCCGGGGCUCUCAGGAGCCCUGCCGACCCCGGGGCUCUCAGGAGUCCUGCCGGCCCCGGGGCUCUCAGGACCUCAGGAGCCCUGCCGGCCCCGGGGCUCUCAGGAGCCCUGCCGACCCCGGGGCUCUCAGGAGCCCUGCCGGCCCCGGGGCUCUCAGGAGUCCUGCCCAGAGCUGCGUCGGCUCCGUGAGACUGUCUCCGUCUCAAACCUCGGCUGAAACUAGUCCCCACCCGCCUCCUAUUUGUGGAAAGGCAUAUUGCGCUGCCGAUUUCGAUGGGAACUCCAAGUCAGCCAUCUGUGGAUCUGACCUACGCGUGCCGAGUGCCAGCUGUAUCGUGCGAAGCUGACCGCUGUGACCCUCUGAGUGUUAGCGAUGUCUCGUGUUUCGCACAAUCUGUCCUGUAACCCGCGUCCCACUGGGGUCUGCGUAUAACGCUCCCUUACUGGGGGAGGGGGGGGGGUUCUUCAUACCCCCUUCCUAACUCCGAAACUACUGGGCUGAUUGUCAAAAUUCAAACGGCGUCUGAUAGCACCUGAAAAAUUGUUGAGAGAAACCUAAUUUCAUUGACCUCGAGGUCACCGAUGACGUCAUAGGUCAGGUCAAAGAAAAAUUAUCGAUGUUUGGCUUGUUCACAUUUUGGGCUCUGGCCGCUGGCUUAUAAGUCAGACUAGGCUCAUGUUUGGUUUGCACAUAGUCAUAGUCAUAGUCAUAGUCAUAGUCAGGUUUAUUAAAAGCUCCAUAAAACAUGGCUUUUCUGCCCUCUCGUCAAUACAAGUUGUAAAAAGACGAACACAUAAACUAUCUAAAAAAUAUGUUCUUAUAGCGCUCAUCAAACGUGCACACGAGGCACAGACGAUUCAUGCACCCAGCAUUCCAAACAGACACGGCUCUGUACGGAAAAGUACGUUUUCCACGCUCGGUCCUUACUCUAGGGAGCUCCAAUUGACCAGCGCACACACCGCGAGUGGCCCUGACUGACACCUCAGAGCGACUGCGCACUAGAUCGGCCAACGCCGGAGGCGCCCCGGACGACAUCAGCCUGCGCAGCAUGGCCGCGUCCCUCUCCUCCAACAUACCGUCAAGACGCCGCCACCCCAACGACUCCAGGGCGGGAGUGACGUGCUCACGCCGGGACAAGCCAGUAACGAUGCGGGCUCCAAAAUUUAUAGCCUUUUGCACUCGCUGGCGGAGAGUAGCAGAACAGCUGCCCCAUACCGUUAAGCAGUAAUGCAGAUGGGGAAACACGAGUGCCUCGAUCAGUAACUUUUUGUUUCAAAGGGCAACCUGUGUCUUAUCUAAAAGAGACCAACGAGGACGAAGGAACAGCGGCGGACAACCUGAGAUACUUGUUUUUCCCAUGAUAAUUCAGAGUCAACAAAUAAACCGAGGAUGUUUGCAAAUGGUGAAGGAUUUAGAUCUGCAUCGCCAAAUCUUAUGCUAAAGGAAGUACCUACACUUCUUCUUCUUUGGUUUGACUAUCAAAAGUUCAGUUUUGCUUGGAUUUACUUUAAGUCGGUUUUGCGUGAACCAAAGAAGUGCCACAUCAAGUGUGCUUUCAACGCGCUCUUUGAGGCAUCCUAAAUUUUCAACUGAGUCGCAAUCUAAAAACUGUACGUCAUCUGCGUAUGUCACCUGCCUGCCAAAAGGUAAAUGAGCCGUAAGAUCGUUAGUAAAUAGCAAAUACAGCUUUGGGCCGAUUAGUGAGCCCUGUAUUACACCGUGCGUCACUGGCAGUGUCCCGGCGCAGCUAUACCCUGAAUGCUCUGAGUCCUGUUCCUCAGCCAGUCCUCGAACCAAUGUUUGUCUACGCCGUACCAACCUAAUUUAUCUAACAAUCGUACAUGUUCUAUGCUAUCGAAGGCACGAGAUGUGUCGGCUGCUAUCAAAGUGGAGACAUGACUGAUGACCAUUUUCCAUUGCGGAUGAAAGAAAGUUUAUAGUGUCAAUCAUAGCCGUUUCAGUCGAAUGACCUCUAAAACCGUGCUGGUUAUCACACAAUGCAUGGUAAUGGUCGAUAUAUGAAGACAGUUGAAUACAAACACACUUUUCACAAAGCUUCGCUGGAAUACUGAGGAUUGAAAUAGGUCUGUUAUUCCCAGGAUCACAUCUGUCUCCCUUCUUGUGCAACGGCACCACACUUGCAUGUUUCCAUCCAGCCGGCACGUCACCCGACCGUAUCGAACAGUUAAUCACGUGGAGCAGAUGAGGGGCGACAGUGGGGAAAGUUGCACGCAGCAUCUGAACUGUGACGCCGUCACUUCCACUUGCACGUGAAUUGCCCAUGCCCCUGAGUGCCAGAGACAGUUCUGGCAGCGUCACAGGCCGCAGCUUGAAGGCGCCGCUGACCACUCGCGUUGGCCUCGGUGGCAGCGGCGCCCCCUGUGGUGCGGCAGACAGCGCAGUAGCGACAUCUGCCCCGGCCGAGACGAAGUGACGGUUGAGUCGCUCUGCCCAUGUUGGGUCGCUGUGAUGGAGAGGCGUUAUCUUCGGUUCCGGUUUUCUUGAUGCGAGCAGAUGUCGUCGAAUGUCGGUCCAGGUUGUAGCUCGACUGCUCUUGUACGACAGAGCGAAGUACUCAGAGCAGGCUCUGUACUGCGCCUUCUUGACAGCGUUCCUGGUGUCUCUGCAUAUCUGCUGAGCCUGAGCACUGCUGUGGUCCUGAGCCCAGGCUUCUCGAGCACGGUCUCGCUUCUCCAUGCACUCCUGCAGCUCCGUAUUGUCGUGCAGCCAGGGGUAGGAGGGUUGCUUCAGCCGCACCGCACGAAGCGGCAUGUGCCUGUCGAUGAUGGGCUGCCAUACUUGAAGCCAGGCAUCCCACUUUUUUGUAGCAGAGCCAGCGGCGUACACAGCGCUCCAGUCGGCCAGAAGAAAAUCGAGGCGUAGUGCGUCGUUGUCGACGUUUCUGGUAGAGCGAACCGUGAUGGUUUGCGCUGUGCGGCGCGUUCGCUUGGUCAGGAUGUUGACGGCAACCAUGUCGUGAUCGCUAACGCUGCAGUCGACUACCCGGGCAUUGGUGGUGAGCUCCGUGUCAGAUGUGAUGACGUGGUCGAUCAGCGUCGAUGAUGCUGAUGUAGUUCGUGUUGGAGCAGUAAUAAGCUGAUGAAGGGAGAGGUCCUCCAACAUGGCCAGGUACCGCUGGGCUCCAGCGGAAGACGGCUGGAGCAGGUCGAUGUUCAGGUCGCCUGACACGUGCAGCGGGUGCUGCCGAGCGAGGAGUGACGUCACCUGCAGCUGAAGGUCGUCCAACGUUGGCGCGAUAGGCGACUUGGGCGGUCUGUACACCACCCCGACUACAAAAACUGUCCCACCGACAAACUGCAGCACCGUUCCGUGCUUCUAUCCUCAGGAUACUGAAAUCCUUCUCCUCCACGCCGCAACCCCCCUCCGGGCUGGACAGGCAACUUUAUCUCAUGCGGGCUGCUCCCUUGGAGCGGCACCGCUGCUCACAAGGGAGCGCACCCCGUAGCCGGGUGCAGUGAGUGCCGUGGGGCUGGGUGGCCUGUCCUCUGGACGGGCUCAGCCCCGGCGACUCACUAGGGUGCCUGCCCAGACCAAUGUCUCCCCCUAUAUCCUAUCAUCCUCCCGGCUCUGAAAUGGUCUCAUUGGACCGAAAGGGCCUAACCCUCCCCCCAAAAAAAAACUGCAGCCACAGUGUCUCGAGCUGAGAGCCAGUACUUUGGGACGGUGAGCGGCUCGGCCCUCAUUGUGUCGCGGUACAAUAUACAAACACCGCCACCGUGUGACUUACGGUCGCACCGCCCCGCAACAUAGCCGGGAAACACUAGGUAGGUACUGUCGACGUCCUCUCUCAAAAAUGUCUCACUAAUGCACGGGAUGUCUAGCUUGUGCUGGUUCAAUAUAUGUUCACUUCGUCGAUA